AUGGUGUCUGCCGGCCAAGAGGUCCCCGAGACGCGGGUUUUGAUCGUCAUUACCGGCGGCACAAUCUGCAUGCAGGAGUCCGAGGAUGGUCUCAUUCCCGCACGUGGUUUCCUGAAAAACUGCCUGGCGCCACGCCCGUCCUUCAACGACGGCUCGUACCCCGAGCCGCUCGAGAUUGUCACCGAUGACAAGGGCUCCAAGAAGGCGGUCCAGAGCCUGCGUACGCCCAAGAGCUCGUACAACCGACGCGUGCGCUACUCGGUGCUUGAGUUCGAGAAGCUGCUGGACAGCAGCUCCAUCAACGCCGCGGGCUGGGACGAGAUCGCCCGCACUCUGUACCGCAACUACACGCUGUACGAUGGCUUCGUCGUGCUUCACGGCACCGACAGCCUGGCCUACACGUGCUCCGCCCUCAGCUUCAUGCUGCAGAACCUGGGCAAGCCUGUCAUCCUGACGGGCAGCCAGGCCCCCAUGAUGCAGCUCCAAAACGACGCAACCGACAACCUGCUCUCCAGCCUGGUCAUUGCUGGCCACUUCAUGAUCCCCGAGGUCUGCCUCUUCUUCAACUUCAAGCUCUUCCGCGGGAACCGCUGCACCAAGGUCUCGGCCGACGACUUCAAUGCCUUCGCCAGCCCGAAUCUGGCUCCGCUGGCCACCAUUUCCAGCCUGCGUACCAACGUGCAGUGGCACCUCGUGCAUCGCCCCACGAGCGUUCACCCCUUCAGCAUCCAGACCAACCUUGAUACCGCGCACGUCGCCUGCCUGCGUGUCUUCCCAGGCAUCAAGCCGGAGAUGCUGGAUGCGGUUCUACGCCUGGAUGGUCUCAAAGGUCUCGUUCUGGAGACUUUCGGUGCCGGCAAUGCCCCCGGUGGUCCUGACUCGGACAUGACCAAGAUUAUGACUGACGCUGUCAAACGCGGCAUUGUCAUUGUCAAUGUCACACAAUGCCUCAGCGGAAGUGUCAGCGCUCUCUACGCACCGGCUACCGUCCUUGGCAGGGCUGGCGUUGUGUUUGGUCAGGACAUGACAACCGAGGCAGCACUGACGAAGCUCUCUUACCUUUUGUCCCUGCCCGACAUGACACCUGUCGAGAUUGCCAAGAGGAUGUCCGUAAGUCUCCGUGGAGAGCUGGAGGAGAGUGGUCGCACGCAUUUCCAGCACCCAGACAGCGGUCUCAUGAGCCCCGAGAUUAAGAGCUUGGUGUCGUUGGGCUACAUGAUCAAGGAUGGAGAUUUCAAUGGCGUCAAAGAUGUCAUAAGGCACGAGCCGAAAUACCUGCUCAACGAGACGGAUUACGCCGGCAACACACCCUUGCACUUGGCGGCAUCCGGGCCGAACGUCGAGAUCCUGCGCGAAUUUCUGUCGCAAGGCGCGUCUGUCCACCUGCGCAACCGAGAAGGACACACGCCGCUCUAUCUCGCGGCGCACGCGGGGCAAGGCGACCAUGUGCGGCUGCUGCGCGAAGCGGGCGCGCAUCUGCACGCCGAGGAGACGGCGUCGGCGUCGCUGCACGCGGUGGAGAAGGGGCGCGCUGAGGUCUGGCGGCUGGCAGGCGUCGGCGAGAACGGCACCGGGUGA